AUGACGAGUUGCGAUGAUAUAAAUAAAGCAGCUGUAUUGUUGGUGGCAGCCCAUAGCGCCUAUGGUGGCCAUUUUCUUACCCACAUUCUGAACGAUGUGAACAAUGUCAACGAUGUGAUCGAUGAAUUGGCCCAAGAUCCAUGUUUUAUACGAACUUACGCUACCGUAGAAACAUGUUUUACAACUGCAGUGCCCAACUACCCGACAAAACCCACUGACAAUGCCUACAUGUGUUGCGCACUGUGGGCCGAGAUGGAUUGCAUUAAAGCUAAAGAUUUCACCUGUGCCGCAACUGAGAAAGUGAGACUGGAACAAGUGUUAGCAACAUCGAUAACGUUUCUUGAAGGUUCAGGCCAGAAUAAGCAUAUUGGCGAGUUCUUCAAACUAAAUAAAAGCGGUGACACCCCCUUGGUCACCGGGUCGAGCUCGGGCAUCGGCGCGGCCACGGUAAAACAAUUUUCCCGGGCGGGCGCGCACGUGGUUAUAACCGGUCUCUACGAUGACCAGCAAAUGUCUGACGUGACUACAGAGUGCAGGAAUAUCGCUGCGGGCGGUGGUGUACUGGCAAUGGCGGGUGAUGUUAACAGUGAGUCAGAUAUGCACCGAUUGGUCAACGCAGCCAUAGCCAAGUUUGGCCGAUUGGACGUAUUGGUCAACUGCGCAGGCGCGCAGAAAUACGCAACUAUUACGGACACGUCAUAUAUGGACACUUACCGAGAUAUAAUGCAAACAAAUCUGCAUUCUAUGGUAUAUUUGACACACAUAUGUGUUGACCAUUUGGCCAAAACACGUGGUAAUAUUAUUAACAUAUCAAGCGUUUCGGCGAUACAACCGCCGCCAAAUAACUCGCCGUACAGUAUGUCGAAAGUGGCUGUGAAUAUGUUCACUAAUUGUAUGGCAGUCGAAUUGGCCCCUAAAGGCAUCCGGGUUAAUAGUGUCAUUCCAGGUAGUACUUAUACAAACCUGAUCAGUUCUAUGGGGGUUGACUACGAAAGUUUUAAUGCACAUCUGGCUUCAAAGUACCCUGUUGGCAGAUGUGGCAUGCCUGAUGAUAUUGCGUCGGCCAUACUGUUUCUAGCGGCCCCUGACUCGUCAUUUAUAACCGGCACCAACUUGGUCGUAGACGGUGGUCACCUGGCUUUAAAUUACAAUACUAAUUCCUAA